AUGAAAAGAUUUACUAUCCUAUAUGUGGAAUAUUUAAUAUUCUUUGUUUUAAAAUGUAGCGGUAAAAUAAACAUAGAUAUUAAAUUAGCGUCACACAAAACUGUAGCUGCAGUGCAUUUUAGUGGUGCUGAUAACAAAUUAAUAACUGCUAAAGAAAUAAAUCUGUAUAAUGUAACAGACGAUAACUUGAAACGUGGAGCUAGAGUUGAGCUCGGAAGAACACCGGACGAUGUUUUUUUAAAGAAUCCUACACCGUAUGGUGAUUUAUAUCAAAAAUAUAAAUGGAGAGAAGUGUAUAGAAAUGUGCAUGUACUGAGUGCAGAAAUAGAUGAUAUUAUAAAUGAAAAUGAAGUUAUAACUGUCGUCGAUUAUAUUAACAACACAACGAAUAAUGUGAGGAAGGAUAUGAGAAUGUACAGAACUGUUGAGCAUACCAUGAAAUCACUUUGGUCUAGUGAUGGGCUACCAAUGGAUAAUAUACCUUAUAAAGUCAAAGUAGCAUAUUAUUUGCAACACUUCAGUUAUGAAAAUAAAUGGAGGGAAAUUAAUUUUAAAACAACUAAAAUAAAUUUUGGAGUAAAUAGCUAUGGUUUCAUAGAAGUUGAACCGGGAAAAUCGGUGACAGUGAAACUAUUGGGAAAAAGAACAACCGUAUUAGUUAAAAUAAAAUACAUUGCAAGCCUCACCGGUCAAAUCAUAGCAAAUUACGCAAGAGAGUAUGGAAAAUAUCAUUUUUGGGCUCCUUCAGCAGCCAAUAUAAUGAAAGCUGGCAAUCUAAAUAAUGAAAUUAUAACGACAGAGUUUAUAGAAAUUAAAUGUUAUACAGAUCCUUCGAUAAAAGUAAAAGAUACACUUACGGGAAAGCGAAUUCCCAUAAAAUUUACAUAUAAACCAUUUCGUGGCCGAAAACAUAAA